AAUACGCCAACAAUUCUGCAAGCUCAAACUGCUGCAGAGGGGCACAAAAGACCACUCAGGACAUAUAGUUCGAGUAUGAAGAGUGUGAAAACUUGCAAGACUCCACCAAAGAAAAGGCCUGUCGCAAAGCAAAAGCCCACUCCUACAAAUAAUGUUGAUGAGGAGCAGAAGAAAGAUGUUGAAGACACACCUGUUACGGAUGAGGCACAGAAGAAAGCUGCAGAUGGUGGAGUUGUGGAUGGGGCAGGUGAUGAUGUAGAUGCAAAAUCCGUAGGUGAUGAUGUUACUGCAAAAGUCAAUGAGGAUACACCUGCAACUGUUGGUGACGGUUUGGUUAUGACUGCUCCAACUCAGCCAACUCCUGGAACUUUUGAUGACAGUUCUGCUUCAACACAGUUUGAGGACUCCAUGGUGAUAACUGCUACAACACCGCAAACACAGCCUGACAAUGCUCAGACCUACAGGUUGGUGCAACUAGGAGCUAACCCCGAUGAUAUGACGAAUGUUGAAGUGAGUGAAAUGAUAGAUGAGAUCGUCAGCAACAUUAACAAAACUGAACAUGGACCCGCAGUGACGGAGAAUGCAGAACCUACCUCAACUGCUACAACGCAGGAAAACGUUUUUAGCCUUGGAUUAGAAAAAACUCCAAAACCUGCCUAA